AUGUCCAACGGCGGUGACCGACUCGAGCAGGCUCAAAAUGGUGUGAGACCUGAGACGUUUAGGGGAUUUUGCGAGAUUCGCGAGGAUUUAAAUGUCAAACCCGACGCGAUCUUAUUCCAUAAUGCGGAUUAUUCGAAGAAUAAGCGACUUCGCGAUUUGCUCUCGACAAGAGACCCGAAUGUGCCGUUUGUUUUAUGGUCCCUUGAAAGCCCGUCGAAUGAUGGCUAUCGGCCCGAAGCGAAUGUUAUCAAUUGGACGAUGACGUAUCGAAGGGACGCUGACAUUUUUGCGCCAUAUGGUGAAAUGGUGAAGCUCAAACAAAAAGCUGAAAUCGAUUUCGACGAGAUUUGGUCGUGGAAAACAAAAAGUGCCACGUGGCUCGGAUCGAAUUGCCAUCCGAGGAAUGGACGAAUGGAUUUGAUAAGGAAAAUGAUUGAAAAAGGGCUUCAAAUUGAUGUGUGGGGAGCUUGCGGAAAACCGCCGCCAAUUUGUGCCGGUCUUGACAAACAAGGCCAGCCGUGUGUCGCCGAACUCAUCCGGCCUUAUAAGUUCUACAUUGCGCUCGAAAAUUCCAAUUGCAAACAUUAUGUGACGGAAAAAUUCUGGAAAUCGCUGAAUGAUCGUUUCGCGGUGCCGAUUGUGCUCGCCAGAAAAUAUUAUCGAGAAUUGGGUGUUCCCGACUCGGCCUACAUCGCCAUCGACGAUUUCAGAAGUCUCGACGAAUUCGUGAAAUUUGUGAAGAAGGUGGAAAACGAUGAAGAAUUGUAUAUGUCAUACCAUAAAUGGAGGACUGAUUAUAAGGUGAUCGCUGGCGAUGGAUUCCUCGGAUUUUGCGAGUUGUGCAAAGUGCUACAGUAUCCCGAAGAGGUCUCGAAGCGAAGGAAUUCGUACUCAAAUUUAUCCAAUUGGCAUAAUAUGCAAUUAUGCGAUAAUAGUAUUGCGCAAAAGUAUUUGGCAAAAUGA